ACUACAGUAAAUGACAGAAACCAGCUUCGGAAAAAAGAUAAUUGAAGUGUAAUUAUUUUUUUUUGUUGGUAUCAAGUCCCAUUGAAUAACAUGGGGAGGCGGGGUUUAUGACCUAUACUGGGACCAGUCACUGGUGGGCGAUCGAGACGUUUUGGCUUCACUUUUCAGGGCUUGUGCGGCACGCUUGUUUUAGAUAUUUUUUGUCAGAUGUUGCUAUGUUAUACUGAAGUUUAAUUACAAGCAUAAGUGUCAAAGGCUUUUAUUGACAAUUUCAUUAAGUUUAUGCAAAGAGUUCAUGUUUGCAGUGUUGACCCUUCGUUUUCAUUUCCUGACAUGCUGUCAAUCAACUUCUGGGCCACAUCCUCACUGAUGGCAGCCAAUUCUUGCAUAAUCAAUGCUUAGCGUUUGUCAGAAUUUGUGGGUUUUUGUUUGUCCACCCACCUCUUGAGGAUUGACCAAAAGUUCUCAAUGGGAUUAAGGUCUGGGAAGUUUCCUGGCCAUGGACCCAAAAUCUUGAUGUUUCGUUCGCCAAGACACUUAUCAAAUAUGGGAAGGUGCUCCAUCAUCCUAGAAAGGCAUUGUUUGUCACCAAACUGUUCUUGGAUGGUUGGGAGACAUUGCCAUUGGAGGAUGUUUUUGUACUGUUUAUUUAUUUAUGGAUGUGUUCUUAGGCAAAAUUGUAAAUGAGCCCACUCCUUUGGCUGAGACGCAACCCCACACAUGAAUGGGCACAGGAUGUUUCACUGUUGGCAUGAGUGGAAAUGUUUUUUGGGAUUAAGUUCAUUUCCAUGGCAAAGAGGGACUGUGCAAUUAAUUGCAAUUCAUCUUAUCACUCUUUUGUAAAUGAGUAAAUGUUCACAGAAACUCACAGAAGAGUUAUCUCUUUAAAGUCAAAUCGUAUUCGGUAACUUAUCUUUAUGUAAAAUGCUUGUUUUACUAGUACUAUAGUAAACUAUUGUUUACUUAACGAAAAUAUUUCAGUAUGGCUUGUAUAAAAUUUAACCUGCAUCCAUUUUCAUAUUCCAGCAGAUAACAUGAUUCAAAUACGACUACUACAACCUACGUUAUAAAUAUGUAAAUAUAAGAGAAGACCUGCCAACCCAAAUCUCAUGACUGAGCCAGGAGAAAAGCAACUGCAAUAUGGCAAAUAAACCAAAGGUUCAUGUGUUUUUGGGAGCUCCAUGUCCCCAAGCCCUUGCUUUGGAGGUCCGGAAGAAAGGGAUCACAACAGAUAAAAAAACAUUAGAUCGGAAAACAGCCUGGAAAACCAUAGACCUCACUUGGAGUCAUGGCAGGUUGAUUCCCAAGCAUAAUGUUGAAGAAGGCAGAAUGCAUAAUGUAUGUGUUGAGGUGGUUAACCAGGACACUGAGGAAAGUGACAGGGAAAAAGAAACCAGUGAAGACAAAAAGAAUUCCCAGAAGUCUCCAUCAAAUGGAGAAUGCAUUGAAGAUGAAGAGUUGUGUCCUGCAUCCGUAGAAGAAUAUCUAGAUAACUGCUUCUCCUGCCCACGGACUAAUGUAAAUCCUGGACAGAGCAAAGAUGAAAGAUCUGGAUCCCCUGUGUCUAUGGAGACUGAGUAUCUGAGUACAUGGACAAAAUCUCAAGCCUUGCUCCUUCGGGGCAGAGCAGCCUGGUCUCAUACAUUUGGCUUUCAUGGAGACUUCAGUUCUCCGCACACACCUCCCAAACAAACACCCACAAGCUCUCUAAGUUCCCCAGAAUUGUAUAGCCCUACGACCAGCCCUGAAGAAAGGGGCUUAGGGGGAACUUUGCAAAGCUCGGUGGAGUACCAUUAUGAUAGUCUAAGCCAAAGGCAGCAAGAAAGAGGGGUAAUUAUGGAAAUCACACCAAAUGGCAUCCUGUGCUCUCAAGGUACCAAUGUAGGUCAUACUGAAAAAACUGUAGACCAUCAGGAGAUUGAACUUAACAAUGACUCAACAGCACAGACUUCUCCUAGUCCCACUCCUUCUAAAAGGAUCAAGUUAUCUCAGACUGUAGACACAACCAAAAAAGUAACAGAACCGAGCACACCAAGUAAUGCAGUUCCUAUUUGUGGUCCUACAACCUUGUUGGUUAGGUGUAAGACCCAUGGUGUGCGAUACGCUAUCUUGGUGGCUGUGGUGCAUCCAUGUCACUUAAAAGAGGUCAAAGUGAAAACCGGAGCUUCAGCUGGAUCCAGUGUACCUCUGGCAACGAUGAUCGUCACAGACCAGUCUGAUGUGGAGAUGAAGGUAGUGCUAUGGCGGACAGCAGCUUUCUGGGCUUUGACUGUAAAUCCAGGGGAUAUUCUGCUAAUUACAGAUGUGACAGUUCAUGUAGAUAAGUGGAAGAAUGAGACGGUCCUGCAGUCAUCUUUUACUAGUAAGCUGCUGAAUCUUGGCCAGAUCACAAGGGAUCGUAUCCCACAAGCCCCACAGAGUUUGAACUGUCAUACAUUGAGAUCACUGUGUACACACCUGUGUGAGAAGCGCCAUCUGCUGGUGUCUCUGCCACCUCGCAAGGCUCAGGAUUUGCAUUCCAUCCCGUUCGCCCACCUUGGUGCAUUAAAAGCUGACACGUUGGUUCAUGCUCUGCUUAAAGUUAGACACAGUAAUUUAAUUACAGCCUGGCGAGAUGAGGCAGAGGGUAUGUCUAGAUCAGGAGGUGUACUGAAGGCUGUUUUGACUGUAGAGCAGGGUGAUGGCCAUCGUGGUGCUGUUGUGCUGUGGGGAGCUGCUCUCUCUUGGCUACAGCGAUUAGAAAAAAACAAAGAUGCUGUAUGGGAGUUCAGGAUGCUGCUGGUCAGGCAGGAUGUGACCUCAGGUUUGCUAGAGCUCCAUUCCACUCCAUGGGGCACCUGUCAGCCUCUAUUUGCUGAUGAUACUCGAUGCAAAGAGUUUUACAACACCGCACGCUUAGAGCGAACCACUAGCAGCUUUGAGAUUGAUCUUAAUACACUUCUGUCCCAAAAAUACUCGGGUGACGUGGAGCUGAGAGUUCAAAUCAUUGCAUUACAGUUCCAGAGCAGUCCAUCGCAAGAGGCUUCAGUGAUAAUAGAUGGCAACACACCAUUGGAAAGAAUCCUGGACAUAGUUUCCGGUGACAUCACUUUUACUGGAUGUGGGCAGUGCUCUGCAGAGCUGGAGACUGAUGAGAAUGGCAUCUAUAGGCCAUGUUACCCCUGCCUGCCACACACGGGAGUGCGUCGCUAUUAUAGGCCGGUUGUUUUAACUGUAAGAGAUGGAGGUAAUCAAAUCUGUGUGCUAGUCCCUCCUGCUCUUGUGCAGAAGAUUCUUCUAAACACUCCCCCAGACAAGUUGAAUAAAACCAUAGCUCCAGCGUCAGAAGUGAGGUUCAUCCAGGUAGUAGCUAACAGGAUUAGUUCCAUGUUGACCCCCAUGAAGAACACAUUUCUCCUGACUCUUCGAAGCCAUUUUCAAGUCUGUUCGGAUGACCCUGCAACAACACACAGAAUGGCUGGAGCUUUAAGGAUGGACGAUUUACAAUAUCCAAUGAAGUUUGACAGAGAGUCAUUUAUGGAAUUUCCAUAUCUCCAACCACCUUUUGACGUUAAAACUGAACCCUUUGUGGCAGAGACAGUUCAUGGACCCUACUUGCAGAUCAUUGAGGAACCAAAGCAGAGAGGAUUUCGAUUCCGUUAUGAAUGUGAGGGUCCGUCCCAUGGAGGUUUGCCAGGUGCAUCUAGUGAAAGAAACAGGAGGACAUAUCCCACAGUUAAGAUAUCCAACUACGUGGGCCAUGCUCGAGUGGAAGUUCAGUUGGUGACACACACGGACCCCCCUCGUGUUCAUGCACACAGCCUUGUGGGACGCCAGUGUACUGACAAUGGCAUAUGCAUGAUUGAUGUAGGGCCUAAUGAUCUCACAGCACAAUUCAGCAAUUUAGGUAUUUUGCAUGUCACUAAGAGAGGAGUGGUGGAAGUAUUAACCAAAAGGUUGAGAGAAGAGAAGAGGAGAUUAAAGGAGCCUGGUUAUAAAUUCAGUGAUGGAGAGGAACAGGCUAUGUUGCAAGAAGCCAAAGAAUUGGGUAAAAACAUGGACCUUAACAUUGUAAGAUUAAAGUUUACCGCAUACCUUCAGGACAGCGAUGGUGGUUUUACCAGAGCCUUGAAGCCUGUUGUCUCCAAUCCCAUCUAUGACAGUAAAUCACCAAAUGCCUCCAAUCUGAAGAUUUCCCGUAUGGAUAAAACCUCUGGAUCUGUGCUUGGUGGGGAAGAAAUAUUUCUGCUCUGUGAUAAAGUUCAAAAAGAUGAUAUUGAUAUUCGUUUCUAUGAGGAGGAAGAAGAUGGAGGAUGGGAGGCGUUUGGAGACUUUUCACCCACUGAUGUUCACAAGCAGUACGCAAUCGUGUUCAAGACCCCGCCCUACCGCUGCACAGACAUCACACGGCCAGUCACCGUGUUUCUGCAGCUUAAGAGGAAGAAGGGCGGCGACUGCAGUGAACCCAAGCAGUUUACAUAUAUUCCACACAAUCAAGACAAAGAAGAGGUUCAGAGAAAGAGGAUGAAGUCCCUUCCUCAGCCCUAUGAUCACUGGCGAGGAGGACCUCAAGGAGGCGCGGGAGGCUUUGGGGGUCCUGGAGCCGGAACAGGAGGAGGAGGAGGUGGAAUGGGUGGAGGAGGUUUUCAAUUUAACCACAAUCUGGACAAUCCAGCAUUUUUUGUUGGUGGUUGUGGUGGCUAUGGGGGAGCACAGCUGUCAAGCUCCGCCCCUCAGACAGAUAGAUCUCAAGAUCAGCCGACAAACACACAAACUCAGCCUGGCUCCCCAGUGCAACAGCAACUCAUUCAAAUCGCCACAGCUCUGCAAAAUCAUGCCACAUUCACAGCAAAGAGCACUGCCCGUGCUUUACUACAAUACUGCAGCACCGGGGAUGUGCGUAACCUGCUGAAUCUUCAGAGACAUUUGUGUGGCGUGCAAGAUGAGAACGGAGACACGCCUCUGCACUUGGCUGUAAUCCACCAGCAAGAUCGUGUGGUGCAACAGCUGAUUCAGACAAUGCUAAACAGCCCACAGCCCAAGUUUAUCAACAAAUUCAACAAGCUCAGCCAGACACCAUUGCAUCUGGCCGUGAUCACGAAGCAGCCCAAGCUAGUCGAGAUGCUGAUGAGAACGGGUGCAGAUCCGAGUCUUCUUGACCGGGAUGGUCGAACAGCACUUCAUCUGGCUGCCCACACCGGAGAUGAAGCUAUACUACGAGUGGUCCUGGGAAUGCUGGGAGAGCACCACUGCCAUUUAGUAAACUGUGCUGACUUCUCAGGUCAGUAUCCAGUCCAUCUUGCGGUGAAGAAGGACGGAGAGCACUGUCUCAGAUUGUUGGUGGAGGCUGGAGCAAAAAUCAACAUGCCAGAGCAGAAAAGCGGCUACACAGCACUACACCUUGCAGUGCGGGAUAACCUUUUAAAAGUGGCCUGUAAUCUCAUUACUGAGCUAAAAGCUGAUGUGAAUACCUGUACCUUUGGGGGCAACAGUCCCCUUCACCUCGCUGCCAGUCAGGGUUCUCCUCCUCUCUGCUCCAUGCUGAUAGCUGCAGGUGCCAAUAAAUGCCUGGAGAACGAUGAGCCUCUUUUCCUGGGCUCGUCUUCGUCGGAUGAAGAUGAGGAGAUUGAAACAAAGGACGUCGACAGGCAGCUUCAAACUGAGAUCGUUCCGCAAGUUGAGUGCAUGUCGAUAUCAUCCGAGCGAGGUCCAUUUAACCCACGCAAGAGACCUGCAGCUGGGCACACACCAUUUGACCUGGCCAAGUGUCAAAAGGUUAAAGAUCUGUUAGAUGGUAGAAAAGCUCCCAAGCCCAGUCCACUCGCCUCCAAAAGGACAAAAAUGAGCACAGAGGAAGUGAACCAGGGUUUGGACAGUGAGGUGCUCACUAAACUCUGCGGUAUCCUUAUUCAAGAUGACGUACCCUUGAGAAAGCUGGCAGAAAACCUGGGCAUGCUCACACUUACUCACCUGUAUCAGGAGAGCGCCUCACCCUAUCAGAAGUUGCUGGAGAACUACCAGCUGAGUGGUGGUCCCGUGGAUGGCCUGGUGGAGGCGCUGCAGUCUCUAGGGGUGAGUGAUGGAGUGAGAUUACUUAGAGACAGCCAACUCAGAGAAGACAAGCAGAGCACAGAUUCCAAAGCGGACAGUGGUUUUGGUAGUCAGUCCAUCACAGAGGAAAUCGCGAAUCCUACCGUGGCCAAUCACUGAUUAUCAGGAUCUGUACAUUGAGAAUAACAUGGCACUUUAUUUAGCAGCCUCUGCUCAGACUGAUGGUGCGAACUGACGGACUGUUCAUCAUUUCAACAAGGUGGAAAAAUAGGAGGAUUUUAAAGGAUCAUUCUGAGGCCCCAACUGGUAUUGCAUAACUAAACAUAUGACAGAAGCUCUCAGUUGCUGUGAGAGAUCUCCAGGGUUCGGAAUGAAGGUGUAGUACAAGUCCAGACAUUUUAAAUGCUUGUAUCUAAAGAUCAACAACUUGCUGACAGUGACACCAGAGUAACUUAGCCAGACGGCAGACAACUCCGGGCCGGAUCCGUACCGAAGCAGCUGACUUCUGGCCCAGAGUCGUCUGCUGUCUGGGUAAGUACAGCUGUAAUCUUUGAUGUGGAAUGUUUUAAUAAGAAAGUCUGUUGUAGGGUUGCGUUUCAUAUAUGCAACCUUCGUAAAAAUGAAAACUUGUUUGGAGAUCUUUCUGCUAGUUACAAAGACCUCGAUCCAAAACUGUUUAUUUAUGUAUACUUGGCAGAUUGCUUGGCAGUGAAUGUGUUAUUAUGUUUGUGUAUGUUUUAAUAAAGCUAUUGUUUUCAUUA